CCUCCGGUGCCCCCUAGUGGUGGUCUGACGGCCGUGCAUCCCUGGCGGCCCAGCGUCGCUGCGGAAGUGACGCCGUACGGCCCGCGAAUUUGACGCUCCAAAUUCGUGGUCUCUUUCGCCGGGAUCUUGAGCUGCAGCUCCCCGUUCUUUGCAUGUGCCCGCCCCGCAGCUUACCCUCGUCCUGGCGAUGAGUGGAUCUCAGCCCGGCAGAGAGAAGAGUGAUUGCACAGACAUCGAUUCAGGAUUACUUGCUAUUGAGAAUUGAACAAUGGAAGUCAUGCAUAAAUUCAAUGAGCUGGACUGUAACCGUUGCGGUUUCCAUGGAAGUGACUAUAAAAGUGUACAAAUUCACAUGGGAACCAUUCAUCCAGAAUUCUGUGAAGAAAUUGAUACAGCUGGUUUAGGAAAACUAGUAUUUUACCAGAAAAGUGCAAGAUUGUUCCAUUGUCACAGAUGCUUUUUCACAAGCAAGAUGUUCUCCAGUGUGUACUAUCAUAUUUUAGAUCGGCAUGCAGCACCUGACAAAUGGAGCAGUGUAACAAAACCUAUGGUAGAGCCUAAAUCAGAAGCCGUUUCAGUAGCGGGGUCUGAUAAGAAUGAUUCAGAAAGCGUGAUAAGUGAAGAUGAGAAAUCUAUAGAUGAGCAGGAUCAGAAGGACAAGUUACAUGAAGUUGUAAAAUCUGAAGAAAAUGACACACUCACAUCUUGGCCAGAGAAAAUGCCAAGUCAGGAUAACCAAGGUUUUUCAGAUAGUGAAUUUAAAAGCCGCAGCUUAGAGAAAGCAAGUGUAGUGUCCCCAGAGGCCAAAGAAUCUAGUAGUGACCCUGAUUUACCGGAGUCUGAAUCAAGCAGUAAUAUUAGCAAAGCAAACUCUGUGCAGGCCAAAGUUGGUAUGGAGUUUUCUGAUGAUGCAGCAUCAUCGCCAUCUAAAGACAUACCAGAAUUCUCUGAUGAAGAUGAAGAGCCUGCUUUACCUGGGGGCAUACCACAUUUUUCUGAAGAUGAAGAAACUGUAACUCCGACAAAGCAUGUAGUUGAGUCACCAGAUGCUCAAAUGUUAGCUGACCAGUCUAGGGGGAUUGAGGACAUAUCUGAGGAUGAGAUGCCACCUGAUGAAAUUACAGAUAAUGUAAGUGAAGAUGACAGAGCUCUAGCUCAAUCAAAGGAGCCUGAAGAUUCAUCUGAGGAAGAGGAGGCACUUGCCCCAGUUAAAGAAAUGAUGGAGUUUUCUGAGGAUGAAGAGGAGGAUACUCCUGUAUUGCCAAAGGAUAUCAUGGAGUUUUCAGAAGAUGAGGAAGAAGAACCUACUAAUUUACCAAAAAAUAUUGUAGAUUUUUCAGAAGAAGAAGAGACUACAAAUGUAUCUAAAAAUAUGGAUUUGUCAGAAGAAGAUGAAACCACAAACGCAACUAAAAAUAUAAUGGAGUUUUCAGAAGAGGAAGAAACUCCAGGUUUGUCAAAGGAUAUUAUGGAGUUUUCAGAAGAUGAGGACACUCCAGCAAUGCCAAAGAGCAUUAUGGAGUUUUCAGAAGAGGAGGACAUUUCUCCUCAGUCCAAAAAUAUGCCCAAAUAUUUAGAGGGUAACUCUACUCCAACUCAAUCAAAAGACUCUGAAUAUGUAGAAGAGGCAGAUGCUUCUACAAUAAAGGGAACAUCUCCAAUUUCAGAAGAAGAUGGAAUUGCUGAUGAGGGGACAUCUAUUCCUUCAAAGGAAACAAUAGAUUCAUCUAAAGGGGUCUUGCAGUUGUCAGAGUAUGCUAGUAAUCAAGAUGGACCUGAUCCUCUAGGCUCUGGAGACCUUUCUCUAAGUGCACCAGAUGCCCUGGAUGCAUUAGAUGAUAAAGAUGCCUUUCUCAAAGAUGAAGAAAUAUUGAAGCAUGUUAAACGUGUAAAAGGCAGGUUUCAUUGUUUGUUGUGCGAUUGUCGACCUUUAAAAAGACGUCCUAUUUUGCAUCAUUUGAUCACCAGACAUAAUAUGCCAAGUCCUUUCGUAUGCAAAACAUGUGGGAAGACCUUUGUGAUGGAGACCCAUCUGAAAAACCAUCUUUCUUCUCACACCAAAGGUUUAUUUAAAUGUCACAGAUGUAAUUUCCAGACUGACCAUGCAAGGGGUUUCAAGAAACACCAAACACAUUGUGAAAGCCGUCACAAAGACGAUCCCAAUAAAUCCGUUUUGGAUUUCCAGGAGGAUGACAACGAAGGAGACUGACUCUCUUUGCCAUCUUUAUUUAAGCUACAAUAUGUGCUCCUUAUUAUGAUGUAGAGAAGUUGUUUUUUUUUUUUAUUUCUUCCUAGAGACUUGUGGUAUCGUUUUUUCUUUUUUUUUUG